ACAAAGCAAGCAUGAGCGCCCGUCCUUUAUAGGGACCGUAUGCAAAUUAGGGUUUCCUCAAGGCUUCGUUUCUAUUGGCUGAGAGCAGGUAUUUGCAAUUCUCGCUCUUAGUACUCCAUGGCUAUUGGUUAGAGUUCGAUCCCCGUUUCCAUUGGCUGUUUUUGCAGUGUUACCUUCUCAGCCUAUCGAAAUUGCCUCCUCUCGCCGAGAAGGGAUAUAAGGGCGCGGUGCGGAGCUGAUUUCAUUUCUUAAACGGGUCUUCGUUUUCGAUUUCGGGGUGUUGCGAAGAUGUCCGGGCGCGGGAAGCAGGGCGGGAAGGCGCGUGCCAAGGCCAAGUCGCGCUCUUCGCGGGCCGGACUGCAGUUCCCCGUGGGCCGCGUCCACCGCUUGCUGCGCAAGGGCAACUAUGCGGAGCGGGUGGGCGCCGGCGCCCCGGUGUACUUGGCAGCCGUGCUGGAGUACCUGACGGCCGAGAUCCUGGAGCUGGCGGGCAACGCGGCCCGCGACAACAAGAAGACUCGCAUCAUCCCGCGGCACCUGCAGCUCGCCAUCCGCAACGAUGAGGAGCUGAACAAAUUGCUGGGCAAGGUGACGAUCGCGCAGGGUGGUGUGCUGCCCAACAUCCAGGCCGUGCUGCUGCCCAAGAAGACUGACAGCCACAAGGCUAAAGCCAAGUGAUUACCCAAGAACAACGCCCGGCAGAGUAUUUUUUCCCCAGAGAAACCCAAAGGCUCUUUUAAGAGCCACCCACUGUAUCACUAAAGGGCUAAA